AUGAGUGGAUUGUAUAACGGGCAUGCACAUGACGAAAUGUUAGACAAGUUAUCAAUAUGGGACGUGAUAGUGUUGGUCGUGAUUGUGAUGGUGCUGGUGGCAACUGGUUGCUAUUUAUUUAAGCAGCUGAAGCGUCAUUACAUCAAGUACAUUCAGCGUGAAGUGAAGAGGGAAGUCGAAGCUGUUCUGACCGAAGGAAGAGUUGCAGUACCACAGUGA